AUGGGUCACCGCACGUUGAUCUAUCAGGACCCCUUUAACCACCAAGAGCUGGAGGUGGAGCUGGCAAGAAAGGCCUUGAAUCUAACUGUCGGUCCUCCACCCUUCAAAACAGAGUGGGGCUACGCGCACGGGACGAGCGACGACGUCUGGCCGCCGCCGCGGCUGGGCGGCGAGCCGGAGCACGACUACGUGGAGCGCGUGGUGGUGCACCUGGACGGUCUGCCGCACGGAACGGGCCGGUCCGACAUACUCAAGGCGGCCAAGCUGCUGACGGGCGAGUCGUCGCACAGCUUCGGCAUCCUCUACGUCACCAUCCCCGAGCCCGGAAACGUCUUUGUAUACUGCACCGACUCCCGCAGCGCGGCCCUGCUCGCUGAGCUCUUUGACCGCGACGGCUUCCCCUGGGAUAUGAGAGGUGGUGGUGGCGGCGCUGGCAGCGUGAGCAGCCAUGGUAGUGGUGGUAGUACUAGUGGUAGUAGCCGUGGUUCGAGGGGUGGUGGUGGUGGUGGUGGUGGAAGGAUCAAGACGGUCGAAGUGUAUUCGGUCCACUGCCAGUUCAAGAUUUCGUCGCAGUUUCUCCAGCAUCUGCAGGAUGUCAGGGGUAGGAAAGGGAAGUACGGCGCCGACGACGUCAGGAGGGAAUGGGAGAGUACGCAUCCUAGUGGGAGACCGAAGCCGUCGAGAAGGUGA